AUGGAGGAUUCUUGGGAGCUUGUGUCCGUGCCGUCUGAGAUUCAACGCUCAACGAUAAACAAAGAAGCCCCUGAGGAGAGCUCCGAGAUCUCGCAGGAAAAUAAUGACGAGAGUAAUAAGCCCAAGAAAACUACAAGUGGAACACCAAAGCUCUGUGGAUUUCUGAACAAGCUGGGUGCAAAGGGGAUAAAAACCUGGAAAACAAGAUGGUUUCUUUAUGAGGAAAGGAAGUGCAGGUUGUAUUAUUUCCGUACUCCACAAGACAGUACACCUCUAGGCUUCAUUGAUCUGGCAAAUGCAUCUUUCACUUUUGAAGUUGAAGAUGCUGAUAGACUAACACAGUUUCAGAUUUGCACAUCUGGAAGAAUCUACCAGCUGCAGGCAAAAGAUAAGCAGACUAUGAUGUUCUGGCUUCAGGAGCUUCAGGGAAGAAGACUGGAGUACAGUAGAAAGAGAGCAAAUGCAGUUGUUCAGAAGAAAGGAGAUAUUUCAGCUCUAGGGCAGUCAACCUGUGGUUUAUUAGCCGGCGAAGAAGAAGAAAGAGAAGUUGAUCCAAAGAAAGAUCCAAAUCCAGUGCAGAUCAUAGAGCCCGUUCCUGCACCAGAGUCUGUUGGUGAGGACGCCGCUGCCUUGAAAACACCAUCACCUGGCAUCCUCUCCAACUUUUCUUUCACAAAUUUAAAGACAGAGAUAAAGAACAUAAGAGAUGCAAAGAGGUCCUCGGUUCUUAUAUCGCAACCACAGCCUCCCCUCAACAUCUCAGGGCCUUUAUCUGGCACAGAAUUAUUACAACAAGUCCAGGCGCUGGAGGAAUUGAACAACGGUGUUGGACAGUCAGCAACAGAUGAGAAAAUGGCUGACGAAAGCAAGAGGACACAAGAUCAAGAUGAAGAACAGAGAUCGUUAUCAGAAGAAAUGAAGGACAAACUCAUAUACAUUGCACAAUUGGAAGAAAAGCUAAAGGAGCAGACUGCGGAGCUGAAAAAGGCUGACGUUGCAACCAAGGCUUUGAAUAAAGAGCUUCGAGAGUGUAAGGACCAAAUCCAGAUGUACAAGGAGAUGACAGAAGUUAAGGACCAAGUCGUUGUCUCGCUCACUGACCAGUUAUAUGCAUUAGAGAAAUCCACUGUAGAAGGUGAAGAAGUUCUAGAAUUUGACGAAGAAAACAACGAAGAAUUUGAAAGUUCGACGUCUUGUAAGAGCAGUGAUACCAAAUCUGCAGAGAACAGAAUCGAUGAUAUCCAAGGGAUAGAGAAACUUAAGGAAACGUGCCAAGCUUACGUACUUCAAAACAGGUUCUUAAACAGCGAGAUUCUGGAAUUUAAUAAGCUCAGAGCCCACGAAAGUGAGAUUCUCAAGGCGCAAACGAUGCGACUGGCUACCGUUGAAGCUGAGAUGUGUAAAUACAAAAGCAAGUACUUCCUUGUACUUAGAGAAUUCCAGAAACCACGAAGAGAUGGUGAGCGCUGGAAUGUGGAUGAUGACGUAAUCAGCAGACUGGUGGAGGAUGCCAUUGACAGCGAGUCACGUGAGGUGUUAACAUUGUCCCGGUCCAGUAUUCAACCUUACGACCGCUGGGGCUUCAGGCAGAAUCUUGAAGGCGAAGACGAAGAAGCAUUUCUAUCAAUGGCUAAGAAAAUGGACAGAAGAUCAGAAGAACUCAAAGCAAAUAUGAAUGCAAGCUCUCACGAAAUGUCAGUGGAAGUGAAGUGGGAAAACUAUAUGGUGACACACAAAAACAGAGAUCUGCAAAAGACGCCUGAACUGAAAGCUCUGGUUAGAAACGGUGUACCACACGAGCAUCGCGCCACGAUAUGGAACUUUUGCAUUAAUGAGUGCGUACAAGAAACCAGGAGGGUAGCAGGAGACGAGUAUUAUCAUCAUCUGCUGGAGUCCAUCAAAGGUCAGCCUUCUCCUGCAGUGAAACAGAUCGAGCUUGACUUGCUGCGCACCUUACCAAACAAUAAACACUAUGAUAAGCUAGACGCCGACGGGACUACCAAACUAAGGGAAGUUCUUUUGGCUUAUAGUUGGCAUAAUCCUGAUGUAGGUUAUUGUCAGGGAUUAAACCGGCUGGUCGCCAUUACUCUACUUUACCUCAACGAAGAAGAGUCUUUCUGGUGUCUGGUGGCUAUUGUAGAACACCUCAUGCCCAGAGACUACUAUUCCAAAACACUGGUUGCAUCACAGGCUGAUCAACGCGUGCUCAAGGAUCUCCUGGCUGAGAAACUCCCAAGACUCAGUGCACAUUUUGACGCUCUUAUGGUGGAUCUUUCGCUGGUUUGUUUCAACUGGUUUUUAACGGUGUUUGUAGACAGUUUCCCGAUACAGACAACCCUGCGAGUGUGGGACACUUUUCUUUACGAGGGAAAUAAGGUGAUGUUUCGCUUUGCCCUCGCCGUUUUUAAAAGCAGUGAAGAGCAACUUUUAAAGUGUGAGGAUCACAUGAGCAUAUUCAACUUCCUGAGACAAGUGCCCGAAAAAGUCACCGAUGCGAACAUGUUAUCUCAGUUCGCCUUCCAAUUUCUGAACCCUUUCCCGAUGCAGAAGAUCAAAACAAAGCGAGCAUAUCACUUGGAAGUCGUGAAGCGCGAGCUUGCCGAAUUGGACAAAUUACGCGAGGACUACGUCACAAGCAAGGCAGACGAGCCUGAAUCUCGGGAUGGGGACAUGUUAGGUGAAGACUGAGAGCACUGGGAACCAGUUGAAUCACAAGAGGGAUCCUGUGGAAAAAUCUAAAUUCCGAGUCGUUUGUUUGGUGUGACUGUGGGUUUAAAGUGUUAUUCUCUUUGUCCGAGACGACUUCAUAUUAACUUGGAGUAAGGUUCAAUUAGUGAAUGAGUAAUAAAGCCCCUGGUAGAAUUCGAGAUUGGAAUCCAACUGUUUUAGUAAAAUUUUGCAUGGGUAUUGAUCUACAAAUGUUAAAGUCAUAAGAGUGAUUUUUACAAUUUAUUCUUUGUCAAAUAUAGGUUUUUUUUUUCCUAUCGGCCUUUUAUAAACUGUGAAUUGGGAAUUACUCUUCCGUUCACAAUGCAACGUUUCUUUCGUGGUUCAUUCGUUCUACGUCUUGGUCAGUGAACCCCUCUAACAAUUUUCACUAGGCAUUUCUUUAAACUCCAUCAGUACUUUACAAGCUUGCCGUCUGACCAAGAUACCUCAGCACAUAUAAUAGAAGGCUGAGUCAUGGUAAAUGUAAAAUGUAAAUAACUACUGAGAAAUACUUUUUACAGAAGUAUACUUUAUUGAAAAAAAAAAUCACCUUUGAUUUGACGUAAAUUCUAUGAAUAUUAUCUCCGCUGUUCCAACAAAAAAUUACCACUACACAGGUAUUUUUGUCUGAUUAAGAAUUAUACAAAUGUUCCAGAAAAUGAUUAACAUGAUUUUUUCAAGUAAAAUUUUUUUCUAUUUUCUCUCAUUGUAAUUAUCCCUUCAACUUCCAAUUAUGACCAAGACAGAAUUUCUCCUUACAAUAUAAGUACAAUUUCAAGCAAGCAAGGGAUGAGAGUAGUUAGUUCUUAUUAACCGAGCGAGAGGUCUGUAUGAGAGAAUCUUGACCGAGGUCGCUAGUACAGACCAAGCGCAGUGAGGUCUGUACCGGCGACCGAGGUCAAAAUUCUCCCAUACAAACCGACCUAGCUCGGUUAAUAAGAUGUUUAUUAUAUGGUUGUGUCUUCCAUGCCAAUUUUUUAUAUUCUUUG